GAUUUGGGUGAAGUUAAGACAGAUGUGAAAGAAGAGAAAAUGACGGAGAAAGUGAACUUAAUCGUCGCGAUGUGUAACAACAGAGGGAUAGGAAUCGCUGGCAAACUUCCUUGGCGGUUGAAGAAGGAUAUGGAAUUUUUCAAGAAGAUCACAUCACAGACCAUCAAUCCAGAAAAACAGAAUGCAGUAAUCAUGGGGAGAAAAACAUGGUUCUCUAUCCCGGAGAAGUUUAGACCAUUGGCUAAACGGAUCAACAUUAUCCUGAGCAGGGAAAUGAAACAAGCUCCUGAAGGUACACAUUUAGCCAGCAGUUUUAGUGAAGCAAUUCAAUUGGUCCAGGCUGCUCCUCUAGCAGACAAAGUUGAGUCGGUGCAUGUGAUUGGUGGAGCUUCUGUGUACAAGGAGGCCAUGGAGUCAUGUGACCAGUGUCGCCUGUACCUCACCAGAGUCCUGUCCAGUGUCGAAUGUGAUACGUACCUGCCGGAGUUUGAAGACAAAUUCAGAAAAAUUGAAAGACCGUCCUUUGUACCUGAGGGGGAAUUCACAGAAAAUGGUUUGGACUUUGUUUUUGAGGUGUAUGAGAAAAUCAGCGAGGCUCAAUCAGUAGCGUGACCCGUGUGAGCGGCCAGAAUCUCAUGGAAGCAUCUAUAACCCACGUAGAGCCAUACAAUGUCCAUAAUCCACAUAGAGCCAUGCAACUAUCCAUAACCCACGUAGAGCCAUACAAUGUCCAUAACCCAUGUAGAGCCAUGCAACGUGUCCAUAACCCACGUAGAGCCAUACAAUGUCCAUUACCCACGUAGAGCCAUACAAUGUCCAUAAUCCACAGAGCCAUGCAACGUGUCCAUAACCCACGUAGAGCCGUACAAUGUCCAUAACCCACGUAGAGCCAUACAAUGUCCAUAAUCCACAUAGAGCCAUGCAACGUGUCCAUAACCCACGUAGAGCCAUACAAUGUCCAUAACCCAUGUAGAGCCAUGCAACGUGUCCAUAACCCAUGUAGAGCCAUACAAUGUCCAUAACCCACGUAGAGCCAUACAAUGUGUCCAUUACCCACGUAGAGCCAUACAAUGUCCAUAAUCCACAUGGAGCCAUGCAACGUGUCCAUAACCCACGUAGAGCCAUACAAUGUCCAUAACCCACGUAGAGCCAUACAAUGUCCAUAACCCACGUAGAGCCAUACAAUGUCCAUAAUCCACAGAGCCAUGCAACGUGUCCAUAACCCACAUAGAGCCAUGCAACGUGUGCAUAACCCACGUAGAGCCAUACAACGUGUCCAUAACCCACAUAGAGCCAUGCAACGUGUUCAUAACCCAUGAAGAAUUCUACAAUAGUGUCCAUAAUCCAUGUAGAAUCCUACAAGUGUCGAUAACCCAUGAAGAAUCCUACAAGUGUCCAUAACCCAUGGAGAAUCAUACAAGUGUCCAUAGCCCAUGGAGAAUCAUACAAGUGUCCAUAACCCAUGAAGACUCCAACAAGUGUU